CCCUAUUGCUCACUACACCUUCACCUGAAGGUCUCUGAGAAUCCUUACACAUCAGGGAUCAUUGCCAGCAAAGACACAGCUCCAAGCAUCAUAGUGGCAUCAGGUAAUAUAGGUUCUGAAUUAUCAGACACUGACAUCAGCAUGUUUGUCUCUUCAGAUGCAGGGAACACUUGGAGGCAGAUCUUUGAAGAAGAGCACAGUGUUUUGUACCUGGAUCAAGGUGGAGUCCUGGUUGCUAUGAAACACACAUCUCUCCCAAUUCGACAUCUUUGGUUGAGUUUUGAUGAAGGGAGAUCUUGGAGCAAAUACAGUUUCACAUCUAUUCCACUUUUUGUGGAUGGGGUUCUGGGUGAGCCUGGAGAAGAGACUCUCAUCAUGACAGUGUUUGGACACUUCAGCCACCGCUCUGAAUGGCAGCUGGUCAAAGUAGACUACAAGUCCAUUUUUGAUAGACGGUGUGCCGAAGAGGACUACAGACCCUGGCAGCUGCACAGCCAGGGGGAAGCAUGUAUCAUGGGAGCGAAAAGGAUAUAUAAGAAGCGAAAAUCAGAGAGGAAAUGUAUGCAAGGAAAAUAUGCAGGAGCUAUGGAAUCUAAACCCUGUGUCUGCACUGAGGCUGAUUUUGAUUGCGACUAUGGUUACGAGCGACACAGCAAUGGCCAGUGCCUGCCGGCAUUUUGGUUCAACCCAUCCUCUCUGUCGAAGGAUUGCAGCUUGGGACAGAGUUACCUCAACAGUACUGGGUACAGGAAGGUGGUUUCCAAUAAUUGCACUGAUGGAGUAAGGGAACAGUACACUGCCAAACCCCAGAAGUGCCCAGGGAAAGCCCCGCGGGGCCUGCGGAUAGUCACAGCUGAUGGAAAGCUAACAGCGGAACAAGGACACAACGUUACUCUCAUGGUGCAGUUAGAAGAGGGUGACGUUCAGCGGACACUUAUCCAAGUGGACUUCGGCGAUGGUAUCGCGGUGUCUUACGUGAAUCUCAGCUCCAUGGAAGAUGGGAUCAAACACGUCUAUCAGAACGUGGGCAUUUUCCGUGUGACCGUGCAGGUGGACAACAGUCUGGGUUCUGACAGCGCCGUCCUGUACUUACAUGUAACUUGUCCCUUGGAGCACGUGCACCUGUCUCUUCCCUUUGUCACCACAAAGAACAAAGAGGUCAAUGCGACGGCGGUGCUGUGGCCCAGCCAAGUGGGCACCCUCACUUAUGUGUGGUGGUACGGGAACAACACAGAGCCUUUGAUCACCUUGGAGGGAAGCAUAUCCUUCAGAUUUACUUCAGAAGGAAUGAAUACCAUCACAGUGCAGGUCUCAGCUGGGAAUGCCAUCCUGCAAGACACAAAGACCAUCGCUGUAUAUGAGGAAUUCCGGUCCCUUCGCUUGUCCUUUUCUCCAAACCUGGAUGACUACAACCCGGACAUCCCUGAGUGGAGGAGGGACAUCGGCCGAGUCAUAAAAAAAUCCCUGGUGGAAUCCACAGGGGUUCCAGGCCAGCACAUCCUGGUGGCGGUGCUCCCCGGCUUACCCACGACUGCUGAACUCUUUGUCCUGCCCUACCAGGAUCCAGCAGGAGAAAACAAAAGGUCAGCUGACAACUUGGAGCAGAUAUCAGAACUGCUGAUCCACAAGCUCAACCAAAACUCAGUACACUUCGAGCUGAAGCCAGGGGUCCAAGUCCUGGUCCAUGCUGCUCACUUAACAGCAGCCCCCCUGGUGGACCUCACUCCAACCCACAGUGGAUCUGCCAUGCUGAUGCUGCUCUCAGUGGUGUUUGUGGGGCUAGCAGUGUUCGUCAUCUACAAGUUUAAAAGGAAGAUCCCGGGCAUUAGUGCUUAUGCCCAGAUGCAGAAUGAGAAAGAACAAGAGAUGAUCAGUCCAGUCAGUCACUCUGAAAGCAGGCCCAGUGUCCCUCAGACUGAACUAAGGAGGCCUGGCCAGCUUAUAGAUGAGAAGGUGGAAUCCCAGCUCAUAGAAGUUCCAAACAGCAACUUUGAGAGCAGUGGGGUGCUUGGCAGCUGUUCUGUUUUCCAGGAAUCCAACUGAGCAUUGAAAUCUCUCAUUUGCCAACUUAUUUUUAUAGGAAGCCAAUUUAAAAAAAAAAGUUUUCUUAUAGUAUUGGAACUACUUCUAAUUUUAAAAUGACUUUUUUGAUGUAUUUUUUGUUAAAUACUAUGUAGUGUAAUGUAUAAUUGCUCUUGUUUAUUGCUUUUACAAUCAUAUUUAUUAAACAGAUAAUGUCUCUAA